GCCCCGGCACCGGGACGGGGAUCGGGAUCGGGAUCGGGAUCGGGGGAGGCGGCACCGGGCGGGCCAUGGCGGAGCCGCCGCGGCCCUUCCGCCUGCGCGGGGUCGGAGGCCCGCAGAAGUUCGGGGUGGCGGCCGGGAGCCUGCGCGGGCUGCUGAGGAAGGGCUGCCGCCUGCUGCAGGUUCCCUUGGCAGGCAGCCGCCUGUGCCUGUACGAGGACGGCACGGAGCUGACCGAGAGCUACUUCCGCGCGCUGCCGCCGCAGACGGAGCUGGUGCUGCUGGGCCCCGGGCAGAGCUGGCGGGGAUGUGCCAGCGACAUCGAGCGGCUCCUGGCCGCGCUCUGCAGCCAGCGGGAUGCUCUGGUGGAGGCCGCGAGGAAGCUGCUGACGGAUGAGCGGGCUCCCCGCAGGCAGAAGCUGCUGGCGGAUCUCAUCCACAACCUAAGCGAAAACAUCCUGGCCGAGGACAAGGAGGACGACAAGAAGUGGUUUGAAGGGCUGGAGUCUCGGUUCAAGAACAAAUCCAGCUACAUGAGGCACAGCUGUGAGAGCAGAAUGCGGGGCUACAUGAGAGAGGUUAGUGGUUUUAUUUCAAACGUUCAUCCUGCAGCAAGAGACGCCUACAGAGGGGUGAUCGACCUGAUGGCAGAGAAACUGAAAUCUGUGAAGUAUAACGGGUGCUACUUUGACAGAAGGGAGGAGGAGGAGGCAGCACGUCUGUGCACUGCGGAGGGGUGGUUCUCCUGUCAGGGACCUUUUGACAGAGACGACUGCCCGUGUAAGCAUUCCAUCAACCCCUACAGCAACAGGGAGAGCAGGAUCCUCUUCAGCACCUGGAAUCUCGAUCAUGUAAUUGAGAAGAAACGUGCUGUUGUCCCAGAACUGGCAGAAGCUGUCAAAACACGCGACGGAAGAGAAGUGAACUGGGAAUAUUUCUAUCAGCUGCUGUUUACCCUGGAUAAUUUAAAACUCGUACAUAUUGCUUGCCAUAAGAAAACCACUCAUAACCUCAGCUGUGACAAAACCAAAAUUUACAGAAAGAGGAAGCAAAACCACGAGAUCUCCUAGUGCUGUCUCUGGAAGGGACCUGCUACUUUUUCCAAUCAUGUCAGUGCUGUUGUUUUUAAAUAGCUCCAGUUUCUUAAACAAGAACUAUUAAGAGUGCCUGGCACGGGACUGGCUGAGUAACACAACCAGAGCUCACAAAGCACACGCUGAUGCUCCCUCGCCUUCCCACUCCCUGUGAGCCUCCCUCAGCUCACACUGUGCCAAGGGUGUUAAAAUCCAGCUGUGAGGGUACAAAAUGAGCUGACACUGUUUCCACCCUACCAUCUCUUUCUGACCAGUGUCGGCACAAAACUUGCAGUACACAGAAAGGAAACCUGGACAAAACAUUUCUCACAGACUGAUCUGUGGGGGCUCGUAGAUUCCUGUUCUCUCUAAGCCAAACAAGGAGUGAUUCAGGACCAUCGUUUUGCUCUGUGCCUUUUGCAGGUAGCAGCCAGUGUAUUCCAGGAAUGGCAAAGGUGAUCCAGCAGCAGAGCUGCCACCUCACCUGUGCCAACCUCCUGCCUUCAUCCCUGACCACUCCUCUGCUGUUCCUUCAGACGUGCAUCUCCCAGAAGGAAGAGCAAGGCCACGGCAUAGCUUUGCUUUUCCCACCUUUGUUUGCCAUCUCCCCAUUGAUUCCCUCUUCUUUUGAACGUUUUCUGCCUUUUCAGCUUACGUUUGCUUGAAGCACCACCAGCAGUGACAUCUAUAACAAUCAAGUUUACAAUAAUCAUGUUUACCUGGUGCUGUAGAGAAUAUUGAUGGGGUAAAAUACUUCCUACCUCAGGCAAUAAAACACAAAUAGAUGGAUUUUUACUUGAUUUUUUUUUUUAAUACCAGCUGAUAGCAAGUGAACUUUUAGGGACUGCUGCUGUAAACAGUGUGAAUUUUUUAAAAUAAAAAAAAUGACCCCUUAUCUGUGUUUGUGAAUAUGUGGAGGUGCAGGAGUGGUUCAUCAGGUAUGAUAGAGCAUUACAG